CUCUCUUUCUUCUGUUUAAGCAAAGGGAAAAUUUCACAAAUAACCCAAUAGGUUACCACGAGAGGGAAGAAAAAUGAGGCUAGAUCCCUAAUUAUUCAUAAAUCGAGAAUGUCUAUCUGAAGGUGAUGGAAAAAGCCUGAAGCAACAAACAAAAAGGAAUAUAUAUGGUGUAAGUAUGCCCAUAUCGAGGCCAAUUCGAAGACUUUUAGUUGCUUUUGCUGAGUUAGAGUAGAUUUUAAUUGAAAACUGGGGAUUAUGGUUCUUGGGUAAUUUGAAAUAUCUGUUGGCCAAAUGGAGAAAUCUAAUGGUUUUUUCAUUAAAAGACUUCGUGGGGUGUUCAAUAUUGUAUGUGCCCUAGUCCUAAUGUUCAUGUUUUACAACCGUGAAGACAUUUUGGGCAAUCCAAUUUUAAGGAAGUCAUCUUUAGUUUCUAGUCAGUGGCAUAAAAGGAGUAAUUUUGAUGGUUAUUCUUCACAUACACGAGUGUUUCGUCGAGGGAUGUUAGAAGUAAAUAAAGGAAAAUUAAGAAAAGGAAAGACAAAGCGCUACAGAGGGAGGAGUUAUUCUUGUCUUCAACAAGUGAAAGGGGCAGAUAAGGUAUAUAGGAUUCUGUUGAAGAGUUAACUUAGUAAAUUCAAGGUUAUUCCUACUGCUUUGGGGUAAGGAAAAAAAAAAAGGAAAGAAAGUUUGUAUGUAGGAUCGAACUCCUGCCGCAGAAGGUUCAGUACUCUCCCACCCACCUUUUAAACCAAAGCACCCAGCGAACUUUUCUGUAAAUGGGUGCUCGCUUUAAUCUUUAUGCGGUUCUGGACAAUUUUCUAUAUAGGCGUACGCCUUCCCCGUUCGGAGUAAUGGGUGCUCAAGCACCGUGAGCACCCACGGGUCUAUGUGGGUCCGUCCCUGCUGGAGAAAUAUGUUCCUUUUUGGGUUUUAACUCUCAAUUGUUUAUCUUGAAUUCAGCAUUUUAAUCUUAUAUCAAUAAAUGUUUCAUCAGAAGACUGGCUAACUCUCUUGAUUUUCUUACUAAGUUGUAUAUAUUUGAUGUAUCAUAUGUCUAAUUGCUUGGAAAACUACUUUCUGUUUUUCGUAAUUCAAAAGAAUGUUUUUAUCAGAAUUAUUUUUUGGAAUAGCGUUGUAAUGAAAUUGAAGCAGCUGUAAAGUUGUGUCGGUGUGAUCUAUAGGUCACAGGUUCGAGUUGUUGCAUUAGGGUAGUCUGUCUACAUCACACCCCUUGGGGUAGGGCCCUUCCCUUGGACCCUGCUAAUGCGGAAUGCUUUGUGCACCGGGCUGCCCCUUUAGUGUCGUAAUGAAAUCAGGAUUUUAAGAAUUCCAACUUCUUAAACACAAAUUCACGUCUUAACUGGCGGUUUUUUGAACUCUCUUUUAAUAUGCUGCUGUAUCCUUUUUAAAUAGUUGUGACAUUAUAAGUUGAGGUUGUUUUUUGAUCUUGUUUCACAAUCUUGCAGUUUCCGUUGAGUGCAAUGUGACCUCUCUCUCCCUUACACGGUUUUGCAUGAAUGUUCAGAAAACAUACGUGUCUAUUUAUGCCUAAAUUGAGUGUUUUUAGUUUUCUGACAUCCUCUUUUCGUUGUUCCUGGACAAAGACACACAUAAGGUUUCAUGAUCCGAGAAUUGAGGUUACCACUAUAUGCUUAACUGUUCUUUCUCUUCUCCAGUUUCAGCUCUUAACUGUUAAAUAGGUUCUUGAUGUCGGACCCGGAGGCUUCAGCAGAUGAAAACUAUGUUUCCGUUCCUCGUGGUGGUCCUAUUUACAUAUCUGAUAUGGUUGGUUCACUCACUAGGGUUGCUGACUUUGAGAUCAGCAUCUUCCAUGAACUUGAGCGCCUCAAGGCAGAGUUGUCCUCUGAUUCACUGGAAAUGUUUGAUGCUGAGAUAUCGGUUGAAGAGCUUAAAAUUAUCAGUGAAGAGGAAUUGGUGGCUCAAGCCUUUGAAGAAGCAUUUAAGGAUGAUGAGUUGGCCAAAGACUCUUCACAAACUUUGACAGAGCACCUCGGUACAAGAACAGAUAAUGGGAAAUCGGAUACGGAACUUGCUUCAUUUGAAAGGUCAGAAAGAGAAGUGGACUCCUCUACUAUCCAUGAUCCCUCAAACCACGUCUUUCCUGGGGCCUGCAACAACAAAGAUUCAGAUAAAAGCAAGUCCUACAAAAGGAAACGGGGGAAGAAUGUUCAUUUGAAGAAUGCUGUUGAAAGAGAAGUGGACUCUUCUAGUAAACAUGAUCCCUCAAACCAAGUCCCUUCUGGGGCCUGCAACAACAUAGGUUCAGAUAAAAGCAAGUCCAACAAAAGGAAACUUGGGAAGAAUGCUGUUGAAAGAGAAGUGGACUCUUCUACUAAACAUGAUUCCUCAAACCACAUCCCUCCUGUGGCCUGCAACAACAAAGGUUCAGAUAAAAGCAAGUCCAACAAAAGGAAACAGGGGAAGAAUGUUCAUCAGAAGAAUGCUGUUGAAAGAGAAGUGGACUCUUCUACUAUACAUGAUUCCUCAAACCACGUCCCUCCUGGGGCCUGCAACAACGGAGGUUCAGAUAAGAGCAAGUCCAACAAGAGGAAACGGGGGAAGAAACAUCAUAAGAAUGCUAUUGAUGACCACUAUAUUCCAAAGGUGGAACAACUUGCAAAAGUUAAAGAAAAACAAGAGGAAGAGAAAGCAGCGGCAAGAUUGCACUCUUUCAAUGGUAGUUGCAGCAGCAGCCACUCUGCCUCAAAAUCCUCCAGUAGGGGUGCUAGGAUGACAUCUCUCAAGUCAGUAAGUUUGGGAACAAAGGUGAGAGCAGCAAACACUUGUGAACAUAUUCCAGUGCAGUUUCCAGAAGUUAUCCUCUGUGUUGAGAUUUAUCAUUACAAAAGGACAUGGACAAAAACUCAAGAAUUUCUGGUGCUUGGGCGGCAAUUUUUGACGGAAAUGAGAGAUAAGAUUUAUUGCAUUACUGAUGAGAUAAUGAAAAAAACAGACAAAAAUGAUCCUUCGGGCUAUUUCCUUGUGGAGGAUGUCUUUUGCAAUGAUUUCAGGAAUCCUUCUGCUACAGACUAUAGUAAGCCAAUACUUGAUUGGCUUCAAGAAUCUAAGAGCGAGGCACUGGAAAAAUGGGAAUCUAUCGCCUCCGGUGAACUGCCACAGAAACAAAAGGCACUUUUUGGCAGUAAAAUGGGACCACAAUUGCCCCAUUUCAAGGCCAUUGAAAUGCAAAAAAUUCGUUUCUGUGACUUAAGAUUUCGACUUGGUGCUGGAUAUCUUUACUGUCACCAGGGGGACUGCAAGCAUCAAGUUGUAAUAAGAGACAUGAGGCUUAUACAUCCAGAGGACGUACAGAACCGAGCCGCGUAUCCAUUGAUAACCUAUCAGCCAAAAUUGAGGUUCCAGAAAUGCUCUGUUUGCAAAAUUUAUAGAGCAGUUAAGGUGACUGUUGAUGAUAAAUGGGCUGCUGAAAAUCCUUGCUACUUUUGUGACCUUUGCUAUUACAUGCUCCAUUAUGUAGAUGGGACUCUGCUUUAUGAUGAUUUCUCUGUAUUUGAAUAUCUCCAUGAGUAGAAUGUAACCAGAACAACAGAAGUUUAUAUAGUAGUCUUUUUUUAACUGAGGGAAAAAAAAUGUUUUCAUUGCAGUUCUGAAAAUUCUCUAUGCUUGUCAGUUUUACUUGUUUGGUUACCCUUCUUAUAAUGUGUUUUAUACGCAUUUAGCCACAAAUUUACUGGUACGGUGUGUUUUGUUUGCCAAGUCUUUUUUCAAAAGAAACUUGAAAAAUUACUUUCCGGGGUUCCGUUGGGCAGUGGAAAAUAUUUUCAAAAAAAAAAAAAAACUUCUGUUAGUGAUAUUAAUAUAAACACAUUGGUAUUCUGAUGAAAUUUUUGAAAACUACUGAUUGAGAACAAUCAAUUACUAUAUGAAGUUAAGAAUUGAGAUAAUUGUAGAGGAAAAUAACUUCCACUUAAAGGUGAGGAUGUCAUUGUUAUGAAUCAGCCCGGGCCCAAGGUGUGCAGGGAUUUCACACGAACAGUUAGUGGGCCAAGAAGAAACAUUUGGACCAGAAGGCUUUCACAAAGAUUGGUUUGGAUCCAGGCCCAAUUACCCAGUGUUAAAAGGGACUAGAACUUACAAAGAACGGUUAUGCGAAUAGUUCAGGUAUCUGUAUUCUCUCAUCUCCUUUCUCUGAGCUCUAACUUCUCAUCCCCAUUCUUAUUUCUAUUGUAAGUUACUUGUUAUUUCUAAUUUAGUAGUUUAAGUGUUGCACUUGUAAUCUGGCUAUCAAUGAUUCUAUAAUACUUGAGUAUUUUUGUUGAGAAUUCUAGUUUGUUUCAUUGUUGCUUUCAUCGAUUCGGAUUCCAUGACUCGCGCUUGCCUAUCAUCUAUCGACGUUCUGGCGAUCUCUCCCAAAGUUGUUGCAAUAGAGCUACCCCGUUUCAGUGGUUCUAACCCAGAAGCAUGGAUCUUACAAGUUGAACGCUAUUUUCAGUUCUACUCCAUCACUGAAGCCUGUAAGUUGCCUCUCGCAUCAUUUUACUUGGAUGGUGAUGCUUUAGCAUGGUUCCGAUGGCUCUAUCGAAAUGAUCAAUUUUACGAUUGGAAGCAUUUCACAGAGAAAUUGCUUCUGCGAUUUCAACAACGUUCUUGCUGUGCUCCACGUUCAACUGCAAAUGCCUUCGUCUCUACUUGGGAUUAUGAUCCUGCCGCGCCAAAUGUCCGAUACAUCUUCUCAGAGAGAUGCAAUUAUUCCUAAGGAUGCAAUCACUAAAAUUAUUGCUGGGUUGGCAGAAAUUUCAGAGAAGAUUAAAUGUUUAAUAGAUGGCACUUCUGCGAAGAGCAUGAUUUUUGAUAAAUUGCCCGAGAAAUCUGUCCACGUAGAUUCUUUGGCCGGCGAUUUUAAUGGACAUAAUGGUGCCAUUGACAUUCUUGAAGACAUGGAAACCCAUAAAGUCGGAAAUAAAAAUUCAGUCAAGGUCGUGGAGUUGGUAGAGGAAUCUCCCAUUGUUGCGGAUGAUCAGGUGUUCGACUACAUGUUUGACGGAGCGACUGAUACUUUCCAAUGUAAUAAACACUUAUGCUCUUGUGUGGUGAUCAUGAGGGUCUCGUUCGUAAGCAUAGCAUGGAAGCUGUCAAUUCAGCACAGGAAAUUUCAGCGAUUACCGAAGACCAAGUGUUCGACGUUAGUUCCUGUCUAUGUGCAACUAAGUUGCUCGACCUUAGGCUGCCGUUAACACUGAUGAAAUCUGCUCCCGAAGAUUUGAUAUAUGAGGACCAGAGGGAUGUGAAACUGCAAGUUCAGGACUCAGAGAUUGCGGUCCAACAUAAGUUGGCCGCUACCAGCCUAUGCAAGGAAGCUACAAAUGCCAAAAAGGAGUUGGUUCCAGAGGCUUUUUGCCCAAUCUUACAGCAGCUUGCUCACAUGAUGGAUUCAAAACAUCUUGCGAAAGUUUUGUCGAAACAUUUGGAGUCUGUUAUCAACUCUCAGAUUCCACGUCUCCGGUCUCUUUUCAAUCAAACUAUGACUGAGUUGUGUCAUCAUGGACACCCCAUUAUCACGGCUCCAGGGAUAAAUUCCAAGACCUCAACUCUAAGAGGUCAUCUCGAGUACGUGACUUCUACCUCAAUGACUAAAGUGUGGGAUCCCAGACAACAAUGGUAUAUGCAGCUUUCUAUUUUUCUAUGUGAUUUUGCUUUGGUCAUUGCUACUUCACCAUUUUUUAGUCUCCUUUAUAAUCACUUGGAAAAGCAUAAUCAUAAUAAGGAGAGGCAAAUAGAAUUGCUUGUGCUCUUUUAUCAA